CUGCCGGAGCUGAGGGCCUGCAGUCUGUGGCUGGAGCAAGAUGAAGGCCAAGGCGGUACCCUGGGAGGUGCUGAGAGUGCUGGCCGUGCUGUGGCUCGGUGCUGUGGCUCUUGCCUACGUCCUGUGGCAAGUGUACCUCCCGCCCACCAGCGGCCAGCUGCACCCGGAGGAAGGGCCCACCUCGUUCCCGGGCCAAGGCUCCAGCCGGGCCUGGGAGCCCCGGAGAGGGGAGGCCGCGCCGCAGCCGCAGGACGCUUGCCGGCUUGUCCUUGUGGAGAGCACCCCCCGGGACCUCCCUGCUGCAGCCGGCAGCCCGUCAGCCCAGCCCCUGGCCCAGGCCUGGCUACAGCUGCUGGACGCCGCCCAGCACAGCAUUCACGUGGCCUCCUUCUACUGGUCCCUCACAGGGGCCGACAUUGGAGUCAACGACUCGUCCUCCCAGCUGGGGGAGGCCCUUCUGUGGAAGCUGGAGCGGCUGCUGGACAGGAACAUUUCCCUGGCUGUGGCGACCAACAGCCCGUCACUGGCCAAGAACUCCACGGACCUGCGGGUCCUGGCGGCCCGAGGUGCCCAGGUGCGGUUCGUGCCCUUGAGGAAGCUCACCGGGGGUGUUCUGCACUCCAAAUUCUGGGUUGUGGACGGACGGCAUGUCUACCUGGGCAGUGCCAACAUGGACUGGCGGGCCCUCACGCAGGUGAGUCCCGAGGGCAGGGAGACCCACCAGGGGCUCGUCCGCUGCCCGCGCUCCCGGGGCCUGGUGAUGUCCCGUGCAGCCCGGGGUGGAACAGGGUGGGGCGUCGCCCUGGUGCACGGGACAGGCGCCGGGUCGGGAGUUUGGGAAGCCUGCACGGCGCCCGCCCUUGCACCCCGGACUGUAGUUCUGCCCGUGGGAAGACGCUGCAGUCUCUGCACCAGGGAAACCUGCGUCCCUGAAGGAAAAGCAAAGCAUGAAAAACCAGCCCGAGAAGGGUGGCAGCAAACGCAGCCAUGCCGGCCGUCUGUCGCCGGACAGGGACGCGACGAACGACUUCUCUUAGGCAUUUUCUGUUUCUGCGGUAACAAGCGGGGCUGCUGCUUGGAUGGUGGGUACAACGUUCAAGACGAGCAGGGCCCCCGUCACCCCUGCAGCUCCUGCGAGCUCACUGUCCGUCACACUGUCUGUCCUGACUCCUGCGGGGGCGCUGCCAGCGCGGGGUGGGGGCGCUCCGUCCCAGGGCAGAGGCCCGCUCGCCGCAGCCGCCGCCCCGCCCCACAGGUGAAGGAGCUGGGCGCCGUCAUCUACAACUGCAGCCGCCUGGCCCUCGACCUGGAGAGGACCUUCCAGACCUACUGGGUGCUGGGGGCACCAAGGGCUGUCCUCCCCAGAGCCUGGCCUCGGAGCUUCUCGUCCCACAUCAACCGCUUCCGGCCUCUCCGGGGCCACUUUGACGGGGUGCCCACCACGGCCUAUUUCUCCGCCUCGCCGCCGGCGCUCUGCCCGCACGGUCGCACGCGGGACCUGGAAGCCCUGCUGGCCGUGGUGCGCGAUGCCCGGGAAUUCAUCUACGUCUCAGUGAUGGAGUACUUCCCCAGCACGCGCUUCAGCCACCCGGCUAGGUACUGGCCGGUGCUGGACACCGCGCUGCGGACAGCGGCCUUCAACAGGGGUGUGCGUGUGCGCCUGCUGGUCAGCUGCUGGCCCCACACGGACCCCAGCAUGUUCCCCGACCUGAGGUCCCUGCAGGCCUUCAGCAACCCCGCGGCCGGGGUCUCGGUGGAUGUGAAAGUCUUCAUCGUGCCGGUGGGAAAUCACUCCAACAUCCCCUUCAGCAGGGUGAGCCACAGCAAGUUCAUGGUCACAGAGAAGGCGGCCUACAUCGGCACCUCCAACUGGUCAGAGGACUACUUCAGCAGUACCUCAGGAGUGGGCCUGGUGGUCAGCCAGAGAGCGCCCCGCGGCCGGCCGGGGCUCCUCACUGCGCAGGAGCAGCUGCGUCGCCUGUUCGAGCGAGACUGGGAUUCCCGCUACGCCGUGGGCCUGGAUGCACAAGCCCAGGGCCAGGAUUGCGCCUGGCGAGGCUGAGGGGCUGCUCUGCCCAGUCCCCGGCCCGCAGAUCCCGCCUCCCGCUGCGCCUCCCCACCUGCCUCGGGUCGGGGCUCCGAGCCGCCCGUCCUCACAAGCCCUGCUCACGUGCAGGACCUUCCAGCUCCUGGCAGGUGCAGACGGAUGGCUUGCCCUCAGCACCUGAACCGGCCCCUUGCACGCCCCACCUCCUCCAGGGAGCCUUCCGGGAUUGUCCUCCCUGACCCACAGAGCCACAGUCCCUACCCACAAAGGAGGCUUUAGAACCCACGCACCUCCCUGCCUGUCUGUGUGGGCCUGGCGUGGGCUGCCUCCACUCCUCCCAGCCCCAGGUCGGGGUUCUGCACCCCCCACCCUGGGACUGCUCUACCUGCCUGUUGGUGCCUGGGCCUCACCCACAGGAACCGGGGGUGGGGCUGGAGCAGGGGCCGGGACGGGGAACCCAGCAUGGGGGACAGGUGGAGAGGGGAGGGGUGCCGGGCUGCUGUGUGGCCCCUAGGACCAUGUGCAGGGAGGGCCGGCCCUUCAGGCAGGGUUGAAAGAACCUGGUUUUGGAGCCGGGGGUGGGGGGGUGGAGUACUGGCACGAAGCCGGGGUGGGGCCUUGGACACAGACCUGCCCGGGGCCCCGCCCCAGGAGGCGCCCGGACACCGCCCUGCAGAGGCUCUGAAUCCUUUUGACACCUGGGUUCUGGCCCUUCUGCCGGAUCAGAGGCCGUCCCAGCGCACCCACUUGGCCUCUCCUGGGACUUCUGGUUUCUGACCAAGGUUCCAGAGCCCACCUGAUCUGUGGAGGCCACCCUGGGUGGCAGUGUGGGGUGAGCUCUGUGGCCAGGGGACCCUGGACUCUGAGGGAGCUGAGCGAGUAGAUGCCCGCGUCCAGCCCUCCCACAUCCGUGGGUGCCUCUCCCCCGCCUGCCCCGUCCUCUCUGCCCCACAGUGAGCGGGUGGGCUGCAGUCGGGCCCCUACGCGUCAGCAUCCUUGUCGGUGAGGAAGGUCCCCGACCCAGCCUGCAGGGCAGCCCCGGCCUCUGGGAGCUGGUCUGUGUGUGAACAGCCCUGGACCAAACCAAGCCCCCGGGCCGCUGUGGCGGCUCCCCGCGGCUCCUGUCCCCUGCCCAUGGACUGCACAGCGACCCCCGUCAGAAACAGACCCUGUCCUGGACCCAUGGUGCCCUCCAGAGCUGUGUGGGGGUUUGCGCUCUGGUCCUGGCCCCCAGCAGUGGUGUCCCCGGGCCGGUCAACCACGAGCCAUCAGGUCUCCGUGCUCCAGGUCGUGCCUGGAUGACAGAGAAAAAGCCACAGCCAUGGCCCAGUGGCCAUUGCCACGGAAGGGGCUGGUGGCCACACGUCGGGCAGCCUCUAUGGCCUGUUGCAAAGCAGACCUUCCCCUCAGGAGACCCAGCUUGUGAGGCUUGAGAAGCCCCCCGGGGUGCCUUGAUGUGGCUCCUUCUGGGCCACGGUGGACAGACUCUGACGUGGUCCUCGCGACCUUGCCCUGGAAGCCGUGUCCUGUGUGACCCCUCCCCUUGGUGGUGGGCACAACCCAUGUUUGCUUGUGAGCAAUAGAACACACAAAGGAGCCAAUCUGU